UCUMGAACGAGACAGUUCACGUGAGCAGGAAGCGACAUUUAUUUAAUACUAGUAAGAUGGUGUCCUCGGAAGAAAUCUAAAUAUUUUUAAUUCCUACAAGCAUUCCUGGUGCAAAGAAGAAAUGGGAAAAAGUUAUUCCUUUUUGCUCUCCUACAUUCCGAUCCAAAACUUGUGAUCAAAGUUUGAAAAUCCAAAAUGGCGUCGUCUUUUGAAGCAACAAACGUGACGACUACAGCUAAACCAACAGAAUUGACUCCAAGAUGCCCAUUCUUGACUCAUAAUGGAUAUGAUUCACAAAAUAAUCAGUACUUCUGUGAUUAUGAAUCCUGGGCGUAUGGUUUGUUCGCAAUAGCUUGUCUCCUUUUGAUUCUGGUACCUUUAGUCUUGAUUAUUUGUUUCGUGGUCAGGAAGAAGAACAAGAGGAGGAUUGAACGAAGGUUAAGAAGUACUCUUAGCAGUAAUAGUCAUUCUAGCUCUGAGGUUCCUUAUCAGCCUUUAAUGCGUGAUAGCCGCAAGACCUAUGGUGCAGUAGAACAUGAAGCUUCUUCAUCUAGACUUUCUACAAAUGAAGAAAGUGCAAGUGAAGCACCCAGUCAGCAACAGGAUAAUACAAGUACCACAUCUAGCAAAGCCAGCCUCUACCCUAACUACGACCAAGCCUCUCUUGAUUUAAGAAAUGCAUCUGCUGUUAAUGCCCCAAAACAUUCUGAGGUGUUUGCGAAAAAUUAUAGUCAAAAUUCCAAGAAUAACGUUAUUAGCCCACAUGCUUCAACAAAUUUGGUGACAGACUCAAUUUCCCCAUCAAGAGAUGUACCAAAUAAAGCUAGAUCUCCUAUAUAUGCUGUUCUAGAAGAACCUUCCCCCAAAAAGCCUUCAUUAGAAACAAAACAAGAACAAAUUCCAUCAGAACUAAAAUCACCAGAAAAUAAUGCUAUUAUYGUACCAGAGAUACCAGAGAAUAAUCACAAAAAUGAAAAUAAUGAAAAACUGCCUGAUGAGGAAAAGAACACAGUUGUUGAAAGGCUUGAUGACUUGUACACUCUUCCAGAGGUUAGCUAUGCUUCAAAUAAGGGACCAAUUGGCACACCGCAGGAGGAUUUAGUGCCCUCAUCAACAGACUCAGUUAGUAGAGAAAGUUCACCAGUUUAUAACGUUUUAGAGCGACCAUUACCAGAUAUCCCUGAAAUGGAGAAAAAUCCAGAAACUAAAGAUACUGUAGAGGAGCAAUUGGAAGAUGGUAAAAUUUGUAGAGAUAAUGRCAGUGAUGGUACUAGACUGAGUGCUGAAUGUACAGACACCCCUGAUGAAAUAUACACACCUCUUCUACCACCCAGAAAACGAUCCUCUGGCAAUGACACAUCAGAUGGUACUGAUUCUGGGGUUUACCAGGCAUUAACACCAAAAACACGAGAGUGGCUCACAUCAAGGACAGACUAUGAGGAGUUUCUUCUGGAAAUCAUCAAAAGUUUUCCAGAAGAAAAGAGAAAUGGAGCUUUUAUAGUGCGUGAUUCUGUAACUGACCCAGGAUCAAAGGCUUUAACUGUGUACAACAAGUCAUCGAAUAGUGGAAAAGAGGUCUUUAACUUUAAGGUGUUCUUUAAUGAUAAAGGACAGGUCUACUUGGCCAAGAGUACCAAGAGGUUUACAAGUCUAGAGGAACUCUUGCAAUACCUCAGGACAAACAAAGAUAUGCUUCCCUGCACACUAACAAGCCAAGUCAAUUGAUAGUUGUUUUUAAUUCAAURUGAAAAAAUGUUCUUACUUUUUCCCCCCCUGUUAUUUUGGAACCCACCCCCCUUUGAAAAUCCUGCAUCUUGCAUUGCACCUGUGUAAACUUACCAUUUAUUGUUUUUGCCCAUGAUAAUUUACAUUGCUAACUGAAAAACCGUGGGCACUAGAAAAUAUCCCAAAAAUGUUCUAUUGUUCUUUAGCCAAUCASAAUUGACUUUCUAACCACAAGAUAAYGGAAAGAUAAAACUAACGCUUCUGAUUGGUUAAGAAACAUUCUUGACAUUUCUAGGCACCCACGGUUUUUCAAUUCGCACUGUAACAAGUCCUGGUAGUUAAGCUUUUUCUGUUUAUUUGAAAUAGUGAUUUUCCCUUUUUUAAAGUGGGCAGGUGUACAGUGCCACUUGCAUUAACACUAAACUUCCUCCCUGCUUUGUAAAGCACAUGAAUAUUAUUACCAUUCAUUUCAUGUGCAUUGACCUAUCACAAGAAUAGACUUUUUUGAAUUUGUGAAAAACCGCUGUGUUCCUUGCUUACAGCCUCAUUUUAACUUCAAACUAUUCACAAAUACCAAUGAUAAAGUAAACAAUGCACAGCUUAGCAAUACAAAUGCUUUGAAACACUGCACAAAAUCAUGGCUGAACCUGCAAAAAAUGAAUCUGUAGUGAAGGAAGAGCGGUAUUUUAUGAAAAGGUCUGUACGGUAUUCCACCAUCACAAUAAAAUAUGGUACAUUUAA